UUUUUGUUUUGUGUAAAAUAUUGGCCAAAUUUAGCACGAAAGACGUACAAUGUCGGCGUCAAGAUUCCUUCUUCGAACCGGUUUAUUGUCUAAGUUUACUCGACGUGCGUUUGCAACCGAGGUGGCUAUAUCUCCUGUCCCAAAACUCGAACAUUACAGCCCAGUGGAAAUGGAAAGAAAUGAUAUCGCAGAGGCUCUUGUGGAAAAAGCCAAGAAGCCAUGGACUGAGCUUAGUAAAGAAGAUAAAAUAGCAAGUAAGUUUUAAGUAUACCGUGUGAUAGUGUGUCUUUAAAGAGUUUAUAGAGGCUUCAGGCUUGUUUAUACGAAGGCUGGAUAGUGCUAUCUACUGGAUAGUGAUUUUUCAUUUGUUGUAAUUGAAAAUCACUAUCCACCUGACUGGAAAGUUUGGAAAUUGUGUGCCGGAGAUUUCGAAAAUUUAAUAAGUAUAAAAUAUAUAGAACGCAUCAAAAUUGCACAGCCAAUAUCUCCGCUGCGUGAUGCAAACUUUCCCCACUGGAUUAUCCAGCGAUUAUACAAUCAUCCCCAGACUGCUACCCUGCUUCCAGAGGUUCUUUGUGAGGCAAAAGAAACAAGGGGCAAGAACGGAGAGCCUCUGGUCACAUCGAUCUUGCAAAUCCCACUUCCACACUUGAUUUAACCUGCAAAUAUCGGGCCUAUAUAUAAAUAAAAUAAAUAAGCCUGAUACAAACCUUAACAAAAGCCCAUGCCAUACAACUGUAUUUCGGUUGUAAAUCUGAUUGGUCUAUGUGGUAAAAGAUUUUUUAAUCUGUCAUUUGAUUGGUUGGUGCUAAUUAGAUUAUACUAUUGUUGUUGAUAUAUUUUAUAGUAAUCACAACUAUUAUUUAAUUUGUUGUUGUCAUUGUGUGAAAUUUAAAUUUCUCCUGCGACAUUUUGAUUGGAUACUAAAUAUAAAUUUUGCUGUGGGUGGAAAGCGAUCGGAUUAAGGUUUGUGUCAGGCUAUUAUUUGUAAAAUAGAGCCUGAUACUCUGGUUACACUUGAUUAGGUUCAGAAUUUGAAUCUCGCAUGUGAUUGGCCAUUUGUAAAAAUAUGUCAAACCAGUUUGGGAAAUAAACAUUACUGUGAGCUAUGCUGUAAGCUAAUUAUAGCCUGUAUAAUAAUGUAAGCUAAUUAUAGCCUGUAUUAUAUAUCUAUAAUUAGCUUAGCCAGUGUGGCCGGCUCUUUUAUAAGGCAGAUAAUUGAAGGAGAGCCUGCCCGGAAGCCCUAGUAAAAUUGAUCACUCUCGGCAGCCAGCUGCCGAGAAUUGUGAUUGGGUCAUUCCAGAAAACAUCCAUACCACCCCCACGGAGGAAAUAGGAAGUUAACCCCCCUACCCCCUUCGGAUGUCCUAUCAGAAACAAUUUUUUCUCCCCUCCCUCUCCGGACGGCAGAAAUUUCCUCCGUGGGGGGAGUAUGGAUCUUUUCUGGAACAACCCAGUGGCUGAAUUUACGUUGACCACAGGUUGAUUGACAUGUUACGCUAAUUUAUUCAAAUAUUUAAAAUAAAUACAGUAAAAACAAACGGCAUCGCUAUAUUAACCCAUUGAGUCGCAUUGCACCCUGAUGCACCCUACUUUAGUAUUUUACUCUGUCUAACGCCAGAUGAUUUUACUCAUCAAGGGGAGAGCGCUGGCGCUUAAUGGGUUAACUGGCCUAUCUGCCCAUGUGUCUAGUUAACCCAUUGAGUCGCAUUGCAGCCUGAUGCACCCUACUUUAGUAUUUUACUCUGUCUAAUGCCAGACGAUUUUACUCGUCAAGGGGAGAGCGCUGGUGCUUAAUGGGUUAACUGGCCUAUCUGCCCAUGUGUCUAGUUAACCCAUUGAGUUUUCAUUGCAUCCUGAUGCACCCUACUUUAGUAUUUUACUCUGUCUAACGCCAGACGAUUUUACUCGUCAAGGGGGGGGAGGUAAACAUGUCUGCUAAAAUAUAAAAUUCAAAAGACAAAGUGUAAAAUGUAUAACAUAUACCGGUAUCUAAAGAGAAUACUUAAGGCAAGCCAUACUGCUAUUACUGCAUAUGUUGUAAGAUUUUACCGUAUGGUCACUAUAGUAUAGAGUAUAAAACCUUGGCUGUCCUUGCCUUGUUUAUAUUUUUCUGGCUGGCAAAUUACGAUUAUAUAAAAUAAUACAUUCCCCAUUGUGUAAUACACCAUAAUAAUACGAAGCUUUCUUUGGAGCUUUUAAAAUACAUUUGCCUGCCAACGUGUAUAACACGGGAAGGGGUCUAUUUACUUUUCCUAAAUCAUUUAUUAUAUUUAAUACUGCAAUAUUUAUAUAAACUGUAGUACAGCCAUACAGGUGCAAAGCAUAAUAUAAUUUUGAAUGGUCUUCGUCUACUAUUAAUUUCCAGACAAAGUCGAAGGGCCUUCCGUCAAAAUGCAGAGGUUUUGCUUGUAUUUCCAGGUAGUUGAAUCACUAUCCAUCUAUUGUAAAAAGUUUAUUGAAAGCAUGUAGCACAGCCUAUAGUAAAUAUGCAACAAUUGACAUUUCAAGUCAUCAUUUAUACAAAACUAUUUCGAGUGGGCGGUGUUAAUAUGGAAUAUUAACUAAGUAGGCGGUAUCAAUUUUACUAGGGCUUUCGGGCAGGCUCUACUUAUAAAAGAGCCGGCCAUGCUGGCUAUAAUUAGCUUAAUUUUUUCCCAAACUGGUUUGACAUAUUUUUACAAAUGGCCAUUCGCAUGAGAGAUAAUCAGGUGUGGAAGUGGGAUUUGCAAUCAAUGUGACCAGAGCCUCUCCGCUCUUGUUUCUUUCGCCUCGCAAAGAGCCUCUGGAACCAGGGUACCAGACCUUUACCAUUUUGUGCAAAUGAAUUUUUUCGAUGACUAUCAAUAUUUCAAUAUUGAUUUUUCGCAUGUUGAAAAUAUUGAAAGUUUUGACUAGACAACUUAUCUCCUUUUUUCGGCAAUUUAUACUGUCUGGUAAAGUUUAGAAAACAUGUGUAUGAUAGCAAUUGAGAAAUUCAAGCAGUAGGAAGCAUGUACUGGGUUAUUUAAAGCUGUAUUUAACAGAGUAAGUAUGAUCACAGAAGAGUACAAGCAAGCGAGCCAGCAGUUUUACAUUUAACAAAUAUAAAACAUUUUCCGUGUUGAUAUACAGUUAUAUCAAGACGAGUGGAAAUUGGGAAAAUGAGAAAUUGUGUGGAAACAAUUAACAAUUAUAAUUAACAAUUAUAAUAUAGCAUUUGUAAAUUCUGAACGCUGAUUGGCUAAGAGCCGUGUUGAUAUAACUCGAUGUCAACAUGGAAAUGUCGGAAAAUUUCUUUUAUAUUUCUUUGUGCUAUAUUAUAAAACAAAUAUAAAACUUUUUUUCCAUAUUGAUAUACAGUUAUAUCAACACUUGUGGAAAUUGGGAAAACUCAAAAUUUGCACACAAUUUUUUGUUUUCCCAAAUUCCACUCGUGUUGAUAUAACUGUAUAUCAACACGGAAAAUGUUUUAUAUUUGUUAAAUAUAAAAUAUUAAUAUUAUAAUCAUUAAACAUUAUUUGGAGCUUAGAUCGAAGCAGUCAACCAUUCGUAAUCUUUAUGCACCAGUCAAUGUAAGCCCCCGCCCCACCCCCCAACCGGGGAGGGGCGGGGAUUUUGACUUAGAGGGGUAAUAAAAGAGUGAAAUUGUCCCCGCCCCCGGGGAAAGUGUAAUUAAUCAAUGUCCCCACAUGUCUCUCAACCCCGGGAAAAUAGUUUUGUAUAUAUUUCAUAGAUCAGCAACAGAAAAUCAAAUUCAUUUAUGUUAUUGUAUUUAAACUUUUCUUGUACUGUAAAGAAAACUAAAACAGCAACACAGUGUAUAUAUGUUAACCACUGAAUCCAUUCCCCCGCUUUCAUCCCCACAUCGUCUACCGAAAGAGAAAAUGUUGUCCAAGUCCCCCAUCAUCGGGGACAUAUUUACCAUCAAAACUGACCACUUUCCCCGCUAAAUCCCUGCCCGCUCCCCGGUUGGGGGCGGGGAUUUACAUUGACUGGUGCAUUAUCGUUGUUGUACUGUAUAUUGAGCUUCUUUCCUGUAAACGAUGAAGCAAUAACUGAACAAGAAUAAUACAUCAACUUCAAUAAUUAUAACUUUUCUAUUCUAGUAUAUCGUGCUUCAUUUCCUUACACAAUUGAAGCAAUGGCCGAAGAGGAGUCCCAUACUAAAGGCAUCGUCGGCGCUGUAUCUAUAAUGCUUGCAAUCUCCAUAACAUUUUUCUUGUUUUUAAAAAAAUUUGGUAGGUUGUGUUUUAGUAUUCUUCUAUACAUACCAUUUGAGUGACAUUUUUAAAUAUACAAUUUGCAUUAUGAUCCCAUUUUAAUGAUUGUAGUAUUAGAUCUUGGGUAUGACAUUAGUAUAAUACAUGUAUGUACAUAGUAUAGUGUGGAUGGUGCUAAAACUUCCAUGGGAUUUAAUUGUUAAUUUCUGCUCAUUUUAAUGUACUAAUAUGAUAUUAAUAGCCAUCCUUGACCUUGUUGUACUUUUGUUCAGCUUGUUGAGAUUCUUAACAACAGUAGUUCUUUAUAAUUUUAAACGUGUAAAAUGUAAGGCUGUUUUUCACGGUCAACAAGUUUUCCUUGAUAAGUUUCCCUUGAUAAGUUUCCCUUUUCCUUGACGACUUUUGUUGCUCAUGUGCACAAAAUGUUCUUGCACAUUUAUUUCACGUCAAGGAUGCCUUUGUUUGCCAAAACCAAGAAGUAUUUCCAGUACACUUGUCAAGCGAGGUUGCCCAGCUCAUAUGAACACUCCCUAUGCCAGAAGUUGCGUUUUACAAAUUGCGGCGAAAAACGCCUCGCGAAGCCAGAUUUUGAAGGAAGGUGCGCACCUCUCCUUGAAAAUAGAUGCCCCCCCUCCCCGCUUGAGAAAGGUACAGUAGAACGUUUGAUGAAAGUCGAAAUGUAACUCAAACUUAACAGUUGACUUUUUCACACUUGUUCUUCCUUAAAAUUGAAAAGUAAUCAUCUGUGUCAAUUGCAAAUUUUUGACUGUAUAUGACUCAUCUAAUUUGCAAUGUUUCGAAAUGGUUUUUCUAGUAUUGUAACGAGGAGAAAAAAUGAGGAAGUCAUUCAGUCAAUUUUUUAAAGACAUUGCUACAUGCAUAUACUGUAGCUCAUGUAGUUGACUUUGAAGAGCAUACGUCUUAAACACUAACAUCCCAUGAUCCCAGGGAGGCUGGGUACAGACCGCUGCACCUCCAUUAAAUUUUUUUCACCUCCCAACAUUUACGCCAAAAUCUGGCCUUGGUGCAACAUUAAGGGAAAGUACAUUUAUUACGCCGAGGGAGGGGGAGGGGGGAUGAAGAUGUCUUGUCUUGCCCCUGUUGAGGUUAUUGGAAAAUUUUGGAAGCCCCCCCCUUCAAUUUUUUAAAAUUUUCAAUGCCCCCCCCCCCCCAGAAUUCGGAAUCGAAUGAAAUUGCCAACGUAUCACCUGGCAUCUGUUGCAAAUGUCUUUGCAUGCCUGUCAAAAUGCAUGCAAAAUCGCCAGUAUGCUUCAAUCUCUUUACUUUUUAUCCCGUUUGUACUAAAUAUCCCAUGAACACAGAACAUAUCAUUCUUACAAAUCGUAUGCUUUUUUUGUUUUUGGAAGAGCAGACUAAGGAUAUCUUAAACUGACAUCGGUUUCCAAUACAACCAUCAGGGACGUAUGUAGCAAAGCAUCUGACGUUUGGAGGGGGGAUGUCGGAGGAUUAUACGUGUAAUAAUUAUAAUAAAGCUUUUUGUGAUUGAUUGGCACUCUCAUACUAAAUUUUGGGAAGCUCUAGGACUGAAUUUCCGGCGUUUUCUAAAGUAAACUCGCAAACAAAUUGCAUGUAAAUGGACUGUAUUUUACAAAAAUGGUUAUCAUUUCGCAAAAAUAAUUACUUUAUUACGCAAAUUUUACCUGAAAAUGUCAAAAUUUUAACUUGAAUUUUACAUGAUUUCAACCAUUCAUCAACCAUUCCUUGCGAAGAUAUAACGACUUAAAUUUCUAAAAAUCCGCCAUUUUGUUCUAUUUUUAGUAACAGUAUGGCCGAUUUUUCGACACUUGUAUCGCUAUAUCUUCCCUUAAAAUGGUUGUAUUGAGAAACAUAUUUCAGUUUAAUUAAUUAAAGUACCCUUGGUCCGCUCUACAAAUGGAUUCAGUAAAAUCACCAAUAGCUUAUUUUAAUUUUUUGGCGCCACGUUUGUGACAUAAUUUACCUGCCAAAAAGUAGCAAUUCCAAAAACAAAAAAAAGCUCUAACCAACUGAGCUACAGAGUCCAGUUGUCGAGCUCUAACCACAAGUUCAUAUAUGUAUACUAUGGUGAUGCCAUUUUUAAAUUUUAUACGUUUACUAGAUCUAACGAUGCAACAUAGGCCCUCGGGCAAGAAUCUACAAAACCAUCAACAUUAUUUUAUAGUGCUAAUCAAUUUAUAUAUCUAUAUUUAGUAUCAGCUGAAGCUCCGAGGACUAUCAAUGAAGAAUGGGCCCAAGCUACGGUUGAGAAGCUAAAAAAGAACCGAGCUAACCCAAUAACUGGAGUCUCGUCUGAAUGAACUGUUGCUUGUCUGUAUUUAUUAGCAACCGGUGUCACUACAGUGCAUUGUUACUGCUUAUAAAAUGAAAUAGAUGUUCUCUAUUUAGCAUGUUCGAAAUUGCAUAUAGGUUAAAACUUUAUCUGUUAAAAUGAAUAAAAUAUUUUUGGUUUUCAAU